UUCAACGUGAUGACAAUGCCAGAGUUAUAUAAGACAGAAACUACCCACAUUAGCCGUUUAUGAAUACGGUCUUUUAAACGUUUGCUUCAAACGUUAGCUGAGCUAGCAUGUGACGUUAUAUCGCCUCUAUAGCAUGUUAUAGCUAGCUUUUAUGACUACUGUAGGCUAGAAGGUUAGCUAAAGUGAGCAUUGUAACAGUUUAUAUGUAAACGUGACGUGUUGUCUGGAUGAUAGGUUAGUUAGCUGAAAUCACGGAGCUUUUGUUAAGUUAUUGGAUAACAACGCGACUCAGUCUCGGACUCUAACUAAUUUAGAGCGCUAAGGCUAACAUUAGCAUAAUAAGCUAGCUCAUGCAGCUAGUAUUUAUUAACAGUAACUAAAGAUAGUUAGAUAGCACAAAGCGAUCCCUAACUAAUGCUGCAAGUUUAACGACUGUGAACACUGUCUUCUACUGGAAAUAAGCAUGUUAUAGGUUAUACAGCAAACCCUCUUUGGAUGGUUUACGAGGCUAAAAUAAAGGCUAAUUUAAAGGCCAACAUCUCAUUGAAUGAUUUUCUGCCCUGUGUGUUCAGGUGCAUGUCAGUGAGCGAUGAGCGAACUCCACCCACCUGAUUGAAGCUGCUCUCAGACAUGACAAGAGGAUGACUGAGAAUGGAGAGCACAGCCCGAUCCACCGGUCCUGUGAAGUUUCAAAAGUCAAGACCUCCUCAGUAGAUCCCAAAUCCUGCAAGAACCAUAAUGAGGCCCUUAAACUCACUGCUAGAAAGGCCGAGGGAGAGAUCAGUCCAUACCAGCCUCGGCCACCCUUACUACCCAGGCUGUCAAAGUCCAGCAAAAGUGUCUCAGCGGAGGAGACCGUGAGAGCCAGGAGGCUGAGAAACAGCCAGGAGAGUCUGAGUGACCCGGUUGAGACCGGCUCCUCCACAGACUCGCUUAAAGAGGACCAAACAGCUCCAGGUGGGUUUGUUCUCAGCGAUGACGCCCCCAUCCGGACUGACCAGGACUCCGACGUGAGACUCCUCUCUGCUGUCACGACGGGAUCCCCAGUCUUCUGGGACAGAGGUAGCAGUCUCUCCGAGUAUGAAAGGAGGCCCCACAGUCAGCAGAGCGACCCCACGGACCACCGAGCGGGGCCCACCAAGCUGCGUCUGUCUCCGGUGCAACCCACAGGGACUCUGCCCGCUCUGGAGAAGAGCUUUGCGUCAGCCCCUUUGAGGGCUGCUAAUAGGAUUGACAGGGAUUGUUUGGAUUACGCCGUGUUGGCGAGAGAGAAACUCGGGGAGAGACUCCACAGGAACCUGAGCGACAGCCGGCUUCUGGAGAACAUGGGGUCGGAUAGUGCCUCUGUCAACUCCAUGAGGUCCAGCUACAGCGUGCUCAGCCCCAUCAGACCGCAGGACGUGAGGAACAGGAGCUUUCUGGAGGGCAGCGUGCUGGGGAGCGGUGCCUUGCUCGGGGCUGAGGAGCUGGACCGCCACUUCCCCGACAGGAGAAUGAGCGUCUACGUAGCCACUUGGAACAUGCAGGGAGAGAAGGGGCUUCCAACAAACUUAGAUGAUCUCCUCCUUCCAACGGAUUCUAAAUUUGCACAAGACUUUUAUAUCAUUGGGGUCCAGGAGGGCUGUCCUGACAAAAAGGAGUGGGAGACCCGUCUCCAGGAGACUCUGGGCCCUUACUACGUCAUGCUAUAUGCAGCAUCACAUGGGGUUUUGUAUCUCACUGUAUUUGUCAGAAGAGACCUCAUCUGGUUCUGCUCAGAGGUGGAGCAUGCCACGGUCACAACCAGGAUCAUCUCUAAGAUCAAGACCAAAGGGGCUGUGGGAAUCGCCCUCACCUUUUUUGGCACUUCCUUCCUCUUCAUCACAUCUCAUUUUACCUCCGGAGAUGCCAAAGUUUACGAGAGAGUACUAGAUUACAACAAGAUCAUCGAGGCUCUAGCUCUUCCCAAAGGCCUUCCAGACACCAACCCAUAUCGCUCCACAGCAUCUGACGUCACCACAAGAUUCGACCAGGUUUUCUGGUGUGGAGAUUUUAACUUCCGGCUGUGCAAAGACCGGGUCGACGUGGAGGCCAUCAUGAACCGCACAGUGGGCGGAGACAUGGGCCCUCUGUUGGAGCAUGACCAGCUCUCCAAGGAGAUGAAGGACGGUUCAAUCUUUAAAGGUUUCCAAGAGGCACCGAUACACUUCCUCCCCACGUACAAGUUUGACAUCGGCUGUGAUAUCUACGACACAACUUCUAAACAGAGAACGCCUUCGUACACAGACAGGAUCUUGUUCAGGAGCCGGCAGGCUGAUGACAUAAAAGUGGUCAAGUACACCAGCUGCUCCAGCAUCAAGGCCUCAGACCACCGGCCCGUCGUCAGCGUCUUCCAGGUCAAACUCAGGCCAGGCAGAGACAAUAUUCCACUGGGUGCGGGACAGUUCGACAGAGAAGUGUACUUGGAGGGCAUCAGGAGGAGGAUCACCAGAGAGCUGAAGAGGAAGGAGGCCAUGAAGAACCAAAGCAGCAGCAGCAGCAGCAUCUGCACCAUCUCCUGAACCCUUAAAAACAAACUCUCCAGUCCGGAGUGGGUUGAACUGUGCCAGAAACUGGAAUGUAAAACCAGGCGGGGGGAACAAAGGACCAAAAGGAAACCAGAGUUGUCUUAACUACACAGAGCCCAGUGCUGGUUGUGACUGAGCAGAGUGCGCCCUGUUGGUCAUUGUUGGGAACUGUCUGUGUGUGGCUGUACCUGAGAGCAGGGACCUUGAGGUCAGACACAGAGGUUUGCAGACUCAGUCUGGCCUUUAUUUAUUCAGCCCCCCUCCACUCAAACAUGACGACUGAAGGGGGGGGUGGGGGCUGCUGCCGUCGUGGCUUACUCUUCAGUCACAUGCUCCGGUGUGCACUGAUCUAACCUUAAAGGCUCCGUUACUGCAUUCGUUCUCCAAUUUUCUUUUUUUUUUUAGGUGUUUCUGAAGCAUCAGGAACCACGAUGUUACGUUUUCCUGUUUUCAGAUGCCUUGUGAAUUUGUCAUCAAAUAUAAACGUAAAAUGAAUACAAACAAUUGCAUUUGGUGGCACAUUGAGGUGCACUUUUUAAAUAGAAUUUCGGCGUCUGCCAUUGGUCGAUUUUGACUUGAAUUUAGUUCUAAGCUUGUUUUGUAGGAGGGAGACGAUAUACGCCUGAGCACUUCAGUCAGGAGGUUGUUACUUGUUACACGCUACUGUUGAAUUUCAGGAAGAACAAAUGUAUUUGAUAGCUUAUAUUUAACUAUUUCGCAGGAACUCACAAACUAUAAAAACGCCUGUCACUACCUUUUCUCUUAUGGGGCCAAGUGAUCCUUUUCAACUUUAACUGUAACUCGAUGCCUUACCUUUCAUCUCCAGUUUACAUGUACUGUAUGUAAAUUACCAUUUUAAUGAAUACUGCAUUCCCAGCAUGAAGAAUAGUCUGCUCUAUAAAGUGCCUGUCAGUGUUGUUUUUAUUUCCAUAAGACCUUUUAACUAUCUGCAUAUUUUUAUAAGUCACUCUAAUGUAACAUCACAAAAUAAAAGUUUGAAAACUGACUUUGUUUGUUGGCUAAAUUUUGUACAAAACUAUUUAUUUAUCCUGUUG